AGAUUCAUAUAAAAAAUGUUUUGGUGGAUUUUAUUAAUUCUUUUAUUAAUUUUAUUGACUACUUUGUAUUUUCUUUUUAUUUAUAACAGUGGAAUAAGUCGUUGUUCAUCUUCUGAAGAAAUUUUUGACGAAACUCAAGAAAAUAAUUCAAAUAAUUCAACAAAAAAUAAAAGGGAAGGGAGGAAUGUUUUUAAGUCAAUUUAUUCGAAUAUUAUGGUCAAAAGGAGCGCAAGCCUGACAUCUUUACCUUUACUUUUGAGAAGAAGACAUUCAACUGUUGGGACUGGAUUUCCAAAACAAGUUAUCAGAGCAGCAAAAAAAAUCAUUCCAGACUUUCGACAAAAAUUCUCUGUUAGUUCUCCUCGUGAUGCUCUACCCAAACCACCAUCAGAAUUUUUUGAACCUUUAGAGAAUCCACAAGUUCCUGAUCGCCAAAAACCUUUAUUUUACCUUAAACAAAAUACAAAGCUUUUAGAAUUUCCUUCAUUUUGUAAUAUUAAAGAAGAAGAUAUUCAAUUAAUGGUUUUUGAUACAAAUGAAUUUAUUGUUAAACCUGGGGAUGCUGAUGAUUCAAUUUAUGUCGUUUUAGAAGGAAGCCUUGCUGUUUAUAUAUCUCCAACACAAGGAAAGAAAUCGAUGGUUAGAAGAAUAGGCCCUUCAGAUUGUUUUUUUAGUCCUUUGUCUUUACUUGAUAUUUUUAUGGGAAAACCUUCUCUACUUAAAACAGUUUCUUUAAAAGCAACAUUAAAAACUCGUUUAGCAAAAUAUUCUUUAGUUAAUUUUUAUAAUGUUUUUAUUGAAAAUCCUGAUCAAUCAGCUUGGAUUAGAACAAUUCAAAUAAUAGCAACAAGGUUGAGACAUAUUGUACUUACAACAUUACAUCAACAUUUGGGGUUGAGUGAAGAACUUGUGAAUAAGCAUUCUACUUCUUCCACCAAAAAACCUCUUAAACAAAGAGGCCUUUCUCUGCGUAAUUAUGGUGGUGGAUUGAAACCAAAACUUCAGCGAAUGUCAACAGAAUUUGAAAAUUCAAAUGAAGAAAUCAAAAUUUCAAUUGCUUUAACUUAUUUUUGUGAAGCUUUAAAUAUUUCUGAAUCUGAGGGGAAUAUUCUGAUUAAGCCAUAUUUGAGGUUUUUGAAGUUGGAGGAGAAUCAAACUCUUUAUGAAGAGGGAAGUAAUGAUGGGGCUUCUAUUGGCGUUGUUGUUUCUGGUUUAUUAAAAAUUACACAAAAAUCUGCUUAUUCGGAUAUGUCGACUUUUGGAUAUGAAGAUAAAGAUUCUUGGUGUGCUUAUGUAAAUACACGAGAAUUGGUUGGAGGAUUACAGUUUCUUACCGACGAGCCUUCAUUCUGUACACUUCGAGCAGCAUGUCCAAGUAUUGUUGCAUUAAUUGACAAAAAAGAUGCUGAUUUACUUAUUGAGAAAAAACCUUCUCUUGUCUUCCCAAUUGCUUAUUCAGUACUGCAAAGACUUUCUUCCUUUGUUAGAGCUAUUGAUUUUGCUUUAGGUUGGGUUUUGCUUGAUUCUGGCGAGGCACUUUAUAGAAAAAAUGAUUUUUCUGAUUCAGUUUUUGUUGCGUUAAGUGGUCGUUUACGUUCAGUUUCAGAAAAAAUUGUGAUUGAAGAAUUUGGGAGAGGUGAUGUUUUAGGAAUUGUUGAAGUGCUUCAACAAAACCCAAGAACUACUACAGGCCUGCUUAAUUUUGUUAAAAUGCAAUUUCCUCAAGUUGGCUUCCGACUUGUUCGUCUUUUGGGACGUUAUUAUUCUGGACGGAAUCUCCACACAAUUGCUAUUUUCCCAGCAACUUUUGACGUUCCUUUAGUAGCUUUUACUUGUGAAUUAUAUCAUGCACUGAGUGUUACAACAAAAAUAAUUCGUUUAAGUAGUAAAUUUGUUGUUGAACGUUUGGGGGUUGAAGCUGUAAUGCAAAGGAAAGCAGAUUUUCGUCUUAUGCAUUGGCUAAAUUCCCAAGAAGAUACUUAUCAAUUAGUUAUUUAUGAAUGUGAUUAUACAGCAACAAACUGGACUAGACGUUGUUUAAGUCAAGCAGAUGCAAUUAUUGUUGUUGCUUGUGGUGAUCAAAAACCCCCAGAAAAACAUUUUAUUGAUGAACAUUUAAAAAUGAAUCAAGAUGGAAUUAGAUCUAGAAAAGAAUUGGUUUUGUUAUGGCGCGGAGCUGAUGCUGUACCUAAAGGUACUUAUGAAUGGCUAAAAGGAAGUUGGUUUUCUGCUCAUCAUCAUAUUCAUGCACCAGACAGAAUGUUUAGUUGGGAAAGUAAAGUAGAGAAAAAUGAGAAUGAAAUUCUAAAUUUUUAUGAACACCAUGUAUUCCCAUUUACUAUAGAUGUUCACAGUGAUUUUGCCCGUCUAGGACGUUUACUUUCUUCAAAUGCUGUUGGAUUGGUUUUGGGUGGAGGAGGGGCAAGAGGUGCCGCACAUGUUGGAUUAAUUAAAGCUUUACAUGAAAAAGGAAUUCCUGUUGAUAUUGUUGGAGGAACUUCUAUUGGGUCAUUAAUUAGUGGUAUUUUGGCUACAAAUCCAAAUAAUAUGGAAAAUUUGGAAGAGAAAGUUUCUAAAUGGUUUUUGGGAAUGUCUUCAUUCUGGAAUUUAUUAUUAGAUAUAACUUGGGCUUUUUCUGCUCGUUUAACUGGAUAUAAUUUUAAUAAACUUUUAAAAAAUGUUUUUGGAUUUAAAAGUAUUGAAGAUUUGUGGUUACCUUAUUUUUGUGUUACUACAGAUAUUUCAAAUUCUGAAAUGAGAGUGCAUAGAAAUGGACAAUUAUGGCGUUAUGUUCGAGCUUCAAUGACUUUAGCUGUUUAUUUGCCGCCAAUUUGUGAUGAUGAAGAUGGCCAUUAUUUAUUGGAUGGUGGUUAUGUAAAUAAUUUACCUGCAGAUGUAAUGCGUACAAUGGGGGCUAGAACAGUAAUUGCUAUAGAUGUUAGUUCUGCUGAUGAAAAAGAUUUUCAUAAUUAUGGGGAUUAUUUAAAUGGAUUUUAUGCUCAAUUUCAUUCUUUGUUGAAUUGGCAAAAAGAUGCUAUGAGGAUUUUGACUGCACAAGAAAUUCAGGAUCGUCUUUCUUUUGUGUCAAGUGUUCGUCAAUUAGAAUUAGUUAAAAAAGCUCCUUAUUGUACGUAUCUUAGACCACCAAUUGAUAGAUUUAAAACACUUGAUUUUCCAAAAUUUAAUAUUAUACAGAAUGCUGGUUAUCAAUAUGGUUGUGAAACAUUACCAGAAUUAAUAACAAAGAAUAAUCAUUUAAAAACAUUAAUUAAUCAUGGAAAGUUUUCUGUAAUGAGAUAUUCACCAAAUACUUUUAGAAAAGGAUCUUUUACUGAUUUGGCUGCACAAAUAUCAAGAAUUCCUUCACAACAUUGUAAAUCCCUUGACGAUUUUAGUAAAUAUUUUGAAGAUGAGGAUAAUGAUGAAGAUGAAGAAUAUUUUGAACAUGAAGAAGAUGAUUCUGAUAAAGGAUUAAGCAACGAAUUUAUUCUUCCAGAUGAAGAUGCUAUUUUAAUAAAUGCUACAAUUAAUGCCAGAAUUAUAACAAACAAUGAGGAAGAUUUUCAAUAA